UUGAUGUCUAUGGGUUGUCGUUGUUGCUGGUGGUUGCUCGCGGUUGGGGAUAGCCGGCUUUUUUCCGUUUCGUGGUUGAGGAAGACGCCUGGCAGCCACCGGCGGGAAUGGAAGGAGGAAAUAUCGAGAGAAAGAGUGAGCCGGAGCUUUGAGAGAAGCCCCUCCUCUUCGUCGCGUUCCGGCUCUUGCUUUUGCUUCCGCUCGGGAGGUUGGAGAGGUCCCUUCUUGGAUCUUUUUGGUUUCCCUUUGUUUUUCAGGUUCUCCGGACAUGGGUAGCGCCGGAAUGCGGGUGAUCGCCGCCGUGGCCCUCUCCGGCUGCAGCCUUCUCCUCAUGGCUUUGAAACGGAGGUGGAUUCUCGGAGGCGGGAGGGAAGAGAAAGAGCCCGCCGGUUCCUCCAUGGUGGUCUACUCGCUCAAGUCUCUCUGUUGCGAAGCCUCGGCUGCGGACGCCGGUGUCAACGGACUGACUGCCGGCGUCGUGCAACCGCCUCCUCCGGCGAAGUCCUCCUCAGGCAAAAAAAAGAAGGUGAGCUUCUCAGGGGAUGUAGAAGAGCCAAGCAGCAACAAUGUUGAAUACAGAGGGCGGCACGUACGAGUCUCCACCGGGAAGAGGAGGAGAGAGAAGAGAAUGGAUCUUUCGCGAGUGAAGCCGCAGUCGGCAUCGAGGUGCGAGUUGCCGGCGAACCGGAGGGCCCUUUAUCAUGCGAUGUCACAGUUCCAUUCGCAACGAGCGACGGCCGUUCUAUACGCUUAGUGCGUGGGUUUGGAUUUUGUGGAUGUUGGUGGUGUAAUUGGCAGAGUUUAUGAAACUUUGGGGUUUCCACAGUUGCUGGUCUGUUUGGAAAUGAGGAGAAGAUAAUUGGAAUCUGAAAGGUGAAUCAGAAUUUAUUGCUUGGGAGCUUGAAUAUGUUAAGUUGUAUUGCGUGGGACGGGAUUUGCCGUGCCCCAAUCUCUUGGUCUUCCAGCACAACGGCAAACUCUGGUAUAUUUUAGCUGGCAGAACCAAAUUUGGAUACUUCUUUUCGUCUCCAACCUGUACAAGCUUAAUUUGGCAGCCAAUUUUCAAGGAAAUGCCACGACCUCCAUCAACUUCCGUCGACUGCAAGGAUUUGCAAAAUCUGAUAGCUUCAAGAUCCUCAACUAAGAUAUGGAGGAUAUGGCAUUUAGGUAUGUAAAGAUAAACUCCUAAAAAGAGAAACAGAACAGUGAGUAUGUGAAUUUUCUGCAUCAUGGUAGGAACUGCCAGCUCCCCUUCUCAAUUGUCUGCUAUUUGAAGUGGGAAUUCGCCCAGGUGAAAAUCAAAUUCUACGCUCUGGUAAGAGGUGUGAGAAGAUACGGCGAAUUCCCCUCUGAUUGCACGAGGAGAUGAGCCAUGUAGAACGUAGGAUAUGAUGCUUCGACUAAGGUCUCCCUUGAAUUUCUUCUUGUGUCUUUGCUCAACGCUCCUGUAAUGUUGUGUAAGAAUUCUCUUCCAUAUCAUAUGUAUAUUUCUUUAUAAUUUUGUGAGAGGAUAA